AUGGCCGACCAGCCCGCGAAGACGGAGGCUCCUGCUGCUGCCCCCGAGGCGCAACUUCCCACCACCACCGUCCCUGUCCCCGAGCCUGCAGUUUCGGAGCCCGAACCUCAGCCCGAACAGAAGGUCGAGGAGCAGACCAUCCCCGAAACCUCGACUGUCCCCGCCGCCGCGCCUGCUCCCACGGAACCUCCCGCCACGGAACCCGCUCCCGCUCCCGCCCAGGAGCCCACGGAGGAUAAGAAGGACGAGAAGAAGGAAGAGGAACACAGGGAAGAACAGGCUGAGGAGCCCGAGGUCGUGAAGGCCGAAGAGCCGAAGGAGGUACCUCAGGAGGAACCUAAGGAGGAGCCGAAGGAAGAGCCCAAGGAAGAGCCCAAGGAAGAGCCCAAGGAAGAGCCCAAGGAGGAAAAGCAAGAGGAAGAGAAGCCUGCUCAGCCAGAGUAUCUGGCCAAGAACCCGGCCUUGAGCCAGUUCUUCGAUCGCCUGCCGAUCAUCCUCUCUUCCACCAGCUACAAUGAGAUGUGGGGCGUCUCCCUCAAGGACUCCAACGAUGUCCCCACGGUCAACGUGCUCAUCAAGUUCCUUCGCGCCAACGAGGGCAAUGUCAAGCUGGCAGAGGAGCAGCUGACCAAGGCCCUGCAGUGGCGCAAGGAGAUGAACCCCGUCGCGCUGGCCGACGGCCACUACAGUGCCGAGCGGUUCGGCGGUCUGGGCUAUGUCACCAAGUACCCCGAGCCCAGUGGCAAGGAGGUCAUCGUGACCUGGAACAUUUACGGAAGUGUCAAGUCUGUCGACGCGACCUUUGGUGAUGUGGAUGAGUUCAUCAAGUGGCGUGUCGCGCUCAUGGAGCUCGCCAUCAAGGAUCUGAAGCUGAGUGAAGCUACUACCGUGAUCGACUACGACGGCGAGGACCCGUAUCAGAUGCUUCAGGUCCACGACUACCUGAACGUCAGCUUCCUCCGCCUGAACCCCACCAUCAAGGCUGCCACCAAGAAGACCAUCGAGGUGUUUGCCACCGCCUACCCGGAGCUGCUGCGGGAGAAGUUCUUCGUCAACGUCCCCGCCAUCAUGGGCUGGAUGUUCGCGGCCAUGAAGGUCUUCCUCAGCAAGAACACCACCCGCAAGUUCCACCCCAUCUCCAACGGUGCCAACCUGGCCCGCGAGUUCCCGUCCUUGAAGGAGAAGUUCCCCAAGACCUACGGUGGUAACGGCCCGACCCUGCAGGAGGAGUCCUUCACGGUCAACCUCGACCAGGCCGAGCCUGCUCCGGAGGCUGCGGCGGAGGCUCCGGCCACGGAGGCACCUAAGGAGGAGCCCAAGGCGGAGGAGCCGGUCAAGGCCGACACGGCUGUGACGGCCCAGGAGACGCCCGUUGCGGAAGCCAAAUGA